AUGGCUUCUGACAAAUCUGAUAAUUCGAGUAAUAUACUUCCUUCGAAUGUAAAAAUAAAAGUAGAACCUGGAACAUCUAUGCCUGUACCUUUAAAAAACAUUAAAACAGAGCCUGGUUUAUCAACCACUACAACCAGAUUGACCUCUUUCCGUUUACCAAGAGAUUUAACACUGGGUGGCAACAUUAAAACUGAGAAGCCCAAGAAAGUGUACACACCAAAUUUAAAUGCUCAAAGAUCAAAGAAGAAAGAUGAUGUGGCACAAAAUGAACCUGCAAAAUCAGGUAGAGGUAGAGGUAGAGAUCAUAAUAGAGGACGUGGCAGAGGCAAUGAUAGAGGACGUGGGAGAGGAGCUAGCAAUUUAAUUCAAUCUACUGGUAUAUGGUCUACUGGUAUAACAAGCACAGCAGGAAAACGCUAUAGUGGAGGUGGUGGUGGUUCUGGGGAUAGUGAUAGAAGUAUUCCAAUAAUUCUAGAAAAACCAAAAUUAGAUUUGAACCGGGUUAUUAACAAAGCUGAAGAAGAACAACAACUAAAAAUGAUAUUGAGAGAUGAUUUUAUUGAUGAUGAUGAACCAGUGAAUCUUGAUAAUGGCCCUGUUAUACUACCAAUGGUCAAAGAAGCAAAGUUAUAUAAGGAAGAAGCUAAGGUAAAAGUUCCAGAAGAAGAAGAAGCAGAAGAAGAAGUAGAUAAGAAACCAAUUCUUCUGGAAAAUGGAGAAGCAUUGCCACCAAAGAAGGAACCUAAAUUUAAAGUGUCUAAACCUGACACAGACACGAAAUGUGAACAGUUAGAUACCAUUCCGAAAAUUAUGGAACAUGAACCAAAUUCUUAUAUUUUAAUGCAGUUUCCAGAUUGUUUGCCAGGUUUAGUAGGUAGUGCAGACGACACUAGACCAAGUCGUUCAAAUACCGGAAAUUACGAUAAACAGAAUGAAAACACGCCUCAAACGGAAUUUUGUACACUAAAUAGUUUAAAACCUGGUAUUCUAGGCAAAUUACAAAUCUUAAAAUCGGGUAAAGCUCGUUUAGUGUUGGGUGAAAACAAUUUGAUUGUAGAUGUGGGAUCUCAACUUAGUUUUCGGCAAGACCUCAUUGCCGCGAAACUAGAUACCGAAAAUUUAAAUGGCGAGCUGAUUAAUCUAGGUCCAGUGAAUAGUACACUAAUAUGUUCACCAGAUUGGGAAUCAAUGUUGGCCAAAUUGUAA